AAAGUUUGGGAGCAGUCACAUGAUCUCCAACAGUUCAAGGGACCAGUAGCAUCUGUAUCCAUAAUGCGAGUAUUAUUGCAAUUUAAAGAGUACAAGUGGUGAAUCUGAAUAUUGUUGAUUUGUUUUUAUUUUAUUUAUUUUUUAAGACCAUGACUCUUAGAAUAUCAUAAUUUUUAUCGCUUUAAUUCAGCUCUGAAUGAAACAAAAACAUCACAAAACCAAGUAGGCUACAAAACCUUUCCUCUCUCUCUCUCUCUCUCUCUCUACUGUUCAAGGACCAAGUCCACUUCAAUCCGUCCAACUCCCAUAAAAAGCUUGCAGUUUAGGAGGCAUGCGAGGAUCAGCCCAGAGGUAAGUUUAAUAUCAUUGAUCGGCAACAUGCAUGAAAGGAGGAUUGUGGUAUCUUCAUCAUCGAUGAUCGAGAUCAGUUCCUGGAGUAGUUCCUGGGCGAAUUUGGCAUGGUAUUUCCAGUAGUCAAUGGCUACACAUGCGCGUUUUGUGUCAUUGUCAAUCUAACAACUGAUCAAGAAGAAACUCAAUUUUCGGAAGUUCAAGUGUGUAGAAAACUCAAGUAGCAGCCAGCCAUGAUGGAAGGACUAGAGAUAGAUGACGAUGGAAAAAGUACUGACAGGAGUACUGAGGAACAGGCCGAAAAUGCCUCUGCAGUGUCUUCACAAAGGUGCUCAUCGUUUGACUUGAAUGAGGAAGCCUGUAGCGAAGUGGGUGAUAGUAUGGCCGAAGGAAGGGAUAUUAGGAAUUCAGCUAAUGAUAAUGACCCCUCCGGCUCCGGUACAGGAUCAGGAAAUGAAAGGAAGACUAGAGUCAGGCAAUAUGUUAGAUCCAAAAUGCCUCGGCUUCGUUGGACCCCUGAGCUCCAUCUCUCCUUUGUUCAUGCCGUCGAAAGGCUCGGCGGGCAAGAGAGAGCAACUCCCAAGUUAGUUCUUCAGCUAAUGAAUGUGAGAGGCCUUAGUAUUGCCCACGUAAAGAGUCACUUGCAGAUGUACAGAAGUAAGAAGCUUGACGAGGCCGGGCAAGUACUGGGUCAAACAUACAGACCCCUGCAAGGAAGGAAUCACAUGCAAGGAAUUUUGAACCAAAUAACCGGCAGUACUACGUCGACUCAUCAACACUUCAGAAUGGAAAAUGGUGGGAUAGUUCUUGCAAGACACUCUGAUGGGAAUAAUGUUGCUCAUGACCUUUUGCAGUCACCCCUCUCCCGACCAUCAUUAGACAUCAAAGCUAGCUUCGCAAGGCAGCAGCAGUGGACUACUAAUCAACAUGCCAUAAGAAGGGAAAGUUAUCUAAUGAGCUGGAAAGAUCUUGGACGAGACAAGGGUUUGAGCAGCUCAGCAGGCUUCCAAACUCAAGCAGGCAGGUCAACAGCUCCAAACCAAAUUCAUGCGGUACUGGACACAAACAUUGGUAUUGGACCCAUGAGACCUAGCCAAUUUCUUGAGGAAAAGAGAUGGCCUCCAUUCGAAACGAUUAGUACUAGUCAAUGGAAACUGAAGAGGAGUACUCCUACCAAUAGUACUGCAUGGGAUAAUGCCAUCACCAAGUUCGUUGGGGAAACCUACAGUACAAGGCCAACUGAAAAAUGGAACCGGCCUGCAGGAAACCUCACAAAGGAUAGGCAGUUCCCUUCAAGCUCUUCAGAUGAUCUGGUCAGAAAUUCCAAUAGUUUUAAACCCGAGUUUGAGCCCCCAUUUCGGCUUGAGCUGAAUCAAGAAAAGAUGUCAAUGGACAAAGAAUGGCUCCCCGACUUGCAACUAAGACUUAGCCAAAGGGUCGGGAACGACGAUGAGAUCAAGAGUACUACUCGUGGCACAGCAACUCAUGAAAUUAGCACUAAGCUUUCGCUCUCUUAGCUUAUAUUUGUCACGCAACUUGCACAAUCUAGUUACAAAGCUCAUACAGAUUACAGACACAAAAAUGUUGUGUACGUAACACAACAAGGCCAAAUUGGGAGUGAGUACUUGGGAUUUGACUGUGUACAAAAAAAAUACAAUAGGAGUGAUCAAAUCGAUCGUUUUAAGUGCUUGUCCUAAAUCCGUUAGACGUACCAGAUAAAUGUUCUUGUUGAUUCCU